AUGACAUCUAUCUAUGACUUUGAGGUGAACGGGGCUGACCAAAAGCCCUACGAUCUCUCGCAGCAUAAGGGGCACCCCCUUUUGAUUUAUAAUGUGGCCAGUAAGUGUGGCUACACGAAGGGCGGAUAUGAGACAGCCACCACUCUAUACAACAAGUACAAGGAUAAGGGCUUUACCGUUCUUGCCUUCCCAUGUAAUCAAUUCGGUGGGCAGGAGCCAGGGACGGAGCAGGAGGUCAAGGAAUUUGUCUGCACGCGCUUCAAGGCAGAGUUCCCCAUUAUGGCGAAGAUCAACGUGAACGGCGACAAGGCACAUCCCUUGUAUGAGUUCAUGAAAAAGGUUAAGCCUGGUGUUCUCGGCACGAAGGCCAUUAAAUGGAAUUUUACAUCAUUCCUCAUCGACAAGAAUGGCAUUCCUGUGGAGCGCUUUNGCCUUCCCAUGUAA